AUGCCAAACCUCGAUACAAGUGUCUCCACCAACGAGUCCAUGGAUAUUUCACGAUCCGGAAGCGUAGAAUGUGCCGGAGAUGGUGUCGGUUUGUCAAACCCUCAGUUGUCUCAUGGCAGACGUCCACCGGGUAAUUACUCUCGACCAUCAAUAUUCGUUCAGGUUGAUAUUGACCUUCCGCAAAUCGCGGUUAUCGGGUCUCAAAGUGCUGGAAAGUCUUCGCUGAUUGAAUCAAUCUCUGGUAUUACUCUGCCUCGCGCCGCUGGAACAUGCACGCGUUGCCCAACCGAAUGUCGACUUUCACGCUCUGAAGAAGCCUGGAAGUGUAUCGUAUCGCUUCGUUUUAUCACUGACAACAAAGGGCAACCUCUUGGCCAAGCUCGGAACGAAACUUUUGGCACUACGAUCUUCAACAAAGCUGAAGUAGAAGAUCGCAUUAAACGCGCUCAGCGUGCUAUACUCAACCCCAAUAAACCUCGCAAAACUUUCCUAGAAGGUGACGACGAAGACGUCCAGGACUCCGAGCUGAGCUUCUCCAACAACUGUGUAACCCUUCAAAUCACUGGGCCAGAUGUGGCUGAUCUAUCGUUUUGUGAUCUUCCUGGUUUGAUAGCCAGCGUCAGUAGCUCUCGAGGGAGCUCAAGCGACAUCUCCCUCGUUGAAGGCUUGGUCACCUCAUACAUCAAGAAGCCCUCUUGUAUCAUCCUGCUGACCGUCGCAUGCGAGACCGACUUCGAAAAUCAGGGCGCACACCGCCUCGCCAAGCACUUUUCCUACGGCGCUCAACAUCGACGCAUGUCAACAGGAGUCUUGACGAAGCCAGAUCGUAUUCCCGUGGGCGAGGAGGCCAAUUGGCUUCCUUUCAUUCGAAAUGAAAAGGAACCGCUCGAAAACAACUGGUACUGCGUCAAGCAGCCCAGCUCGAACGACAUCAAGCAGAAAAUAACGUGGUCUGAGGCUCGCCAACGGGAAGACGAAUAUUUCAGCAUGACUGCUCCUUGGUCCGACCUCGAUACCAUGUAUCAGAAGUAUCUGCGCACGUCAAACCUGGUUGAACGGCUGAGCUCAAUUCUGUCUGAUCUCAUUUCAAAAAGGCUACCCCAAAUUCAAGACGAAUUGGAAAAAUCCAUUUUCAAGGCACGGGAGGCUCUGAAUUCCCUCCCAAAGGCACCUUCCAACGACCCUCUCAAUGAGAUCGCCACGUUGCUGCACGUUUUCAUCAGUGAUGUCUUCCAACAUGUCGAGGGAGUUUCGGAUGAAGAUGGCCUUCUACAGGUCAUCCGUCCAGCCCAAGAGAGAUUCCGACGGGAUGUUCGCUCUACGGCGCCCAAGUUCCAUCCCUUUGAACGGAAACAUGGCAGCUCGAAGAAAGUUACCAGGCCCAAAUUUCUUGCUAAUGAGGAACAGAGUGAGAUCGAGAGAUUUAGCGCACGCACUCGAGAGCUUCCGGGGAACUACCCCUUUGUUGUCCAAGAGACUUUCAUCGCCGCUAUCAUCAAGGAAUGGCGUUACCCCGCUGUCGUUUUGUGCAAGACCGUUCACACUCUCAUUCUCGAACACUGCAAGAAGCUGGUGACAAAACAUUUUGCCUUCUUCGGCCAAGGAACUCUUGAGCAGCGCGUCAAGGCCAUCGUACAAAAACACGUCAAUGAGUGUCUUCAACGUGCCGAGGAGAGGAUUGAUUGGCUCUUGAAGCUGGAAGAUCGCCCCUUUUCCCUCAACAUCCAUUACCUCACCGACUACAAGUACAAAUUCCUGGCACAUUACAAAGGCUUACGCAAGAAAGAUCAGAGGGCCGAACUAAUGGAUAGCAUUGAAAGCUAUCGUCCUUCCACGUCGCAAACUAAUUCUAGCCGCGCCAAAACAGUCGAACCUCAGGAGAUGGGUAUCGCAAAAGUUCUCAGUGGGUUGGCCGAAAUGGGACUCCCGGGUAUCAAGCCCGAAGACAUCUCAAAGCUCCUUCCUCCGGACAGGAUGGAGCACGCUCUCAUCAUCAUGGCCGAUGUCCGAGCGUACUUCCAAGUCGCGUACAAACGUUUUGCCGACAACGUUCCCCUGGCGAUCGAUUACGAGCUGGUUCGAGGAAUAGAGCGUGACCUGCUACAGACGCUGUACGGAAGGUUGGGCAUCAAUGGUCCGGAAGGCCAGCGCAUCUGCAAAGAGCUUGCCCAGGAGAAUCCUCACAUCGCCGACCGCCGUGAGGAUCUUCAGAAAAAGCUGGAGAGGCUGCGGAUCGCAAGCUCCGAGUUGAUGCAUAUGGGCGCUUGA